CUCUUCAUUAUUGCUCUGUGCUUGCUUUCAUUUUUUGGUGAUACUAAUAAAAAAUCAAAUUGGAGUCUGUUUUGAUUUUUGCAGUUUUUACCUUUCUUGUUAGGGUUUCAAAGGAAUGGAAUUGACUAUACAUAAGCUGGGAGGCUAGUAGUAUUUUUUACCUAUUUUUUGCUAUUUUAAUUUCCCAUUUUUGAUUGAUAAAAAUUCCCAUUCCCAUAGAAGGGACUGUGUCUGUGAGUCAAUCUGUCUACCAACCUUCCAUUAAAUAUUUCUACAUUAUUUUUUUUCUCUAUUUCUUUUCCACCUCUCUCUCUGAUCUCUCUCUCAUAAGUCAUAAACAUAAACACAUCAGAUUUGUUUCAUCCCUUUUUUAGGCAUAUUUCUUUUUCCACCUCAAACCAAAAGGCUCUCUGGGUAUUUUCCAUAUUUGUAAGCAUCCACACUGCAAUAACUUUGAUUUCACAUUCUUGUUUCCACAAAAAUCCACUUAUUUUUGGAAAAUUCUUCCAAAACUUUUUUCUUUGCCACUCCUCCACAUAGUUAUCCUCACACAAUUUUCCCCAAAACCACCACUACUUGUUUCAGUUUCAAUCUUUGAUUUUUCACAAAUUUUGAGAGAAAAAUGGUGAGAGGAAAGACACAGAUGAGGCGCAUAGAGAACGCGACAAGCAGGCAAGUGACGUUCUCGAAGAGGAGAAAUGGGCUGCUGAAGAAGGCCUUCGAGCUCUCGGUUCUGUGCGAUGCUGAGGUGGCACUCAUCAUCUUCUCCCCUAGAGGGAAGCUUCAUGAAUUCGCUAGCUCAAGCAUGCACGAGACGAUCCAGCGUUAUCAGAAGCAUACUAAAGAUAGUCAAGCCAACCAUCCCCCUUCGGAGCACACUAUGCAGAAUUUGAAACACGAAGCAGCCGCCAUGAUGAAGAAAAUCGAGCAGCUAGAAACAGCAAAGCGGAAGCUACUUGGUGAAGGUUUAGGUUCGUGCACCAUCGAGGAGCUGCAGCAGCUCGAGCAGCAACUGGAGCGCAGCGUAACCACCAUUCGUGGAAGAAAGAUGCAAGUAUACAAGCAGCAGAUCGAGCGUUUGAAGGAAAAGGAGAAAGCCCUCUGUGCUGAAAACGCAAUGCUGUGUGACAAGUUUGGACUACAAACAUGGAGUGGAGCAGGAUCGAACGAGGAGAGGGCCGUUGCGCCAUCUGCAGAGAUCAGUGAGGUCUCGGAUGUGGAGACAGAGUUGUUCAUAGGGUUGCCUGAGACGAGGCAUAAGCGCCAUUAGCUAGUAAUAUGUGCCUACUGUGUCUGUUAACCACAUUGACUCUUUUUUGGCUGCGAUGGAUUAUUGUAUUGUAUAUGCACAAGACAACUUAUUUCUGACA